AUGGUAGUAAACGAUGGCAAAUGCUCUCGUUUCUCUCUCUGUCGUGUUAUUCUUGUCUGCUACCUUUUACGUGCUCGAGCAGACGCACAACAAAUGCAACCACCGGACGGAGAUUGUGUAGUGCGGCCUAAAGGAUGGGAAUCCGGUGCAACUGAACACCUCAGAGUCGGAAUACCUUGGAAACCGGGAUUCCGAGAAUUCGUUAAUGUGGUAGUUGAUCCCAAGACAAACCGUACGUAUGCAAAAGGAUUUUGCAUCGAUAUUUUCUUAGCUACAUUGAAGGAAUAUGAUAUGGUGGUGGCGGAUGCAACAAUUUGGGCUCCACGGUUAUCUUACGUUGAUUUUACGCACCCGUACGUCGACUCGGGAGUUGUUCUAGUCGUAAAAAACAAGAAACCUUUCAGUAUGUGGAUUUUUGUGAAACCCCUAAGAUGGGAUUUGUGGCUAGCAAUCAUUGCGGCAUGCAUUUUGCUCGGAGUAACUCUUCGCGUAUUGGAACGCCGUCGCCAAAGUUUCACUGCAAAUUUAUCCGCCAUUCUGACGGUUGAUCAAUUAGAAUUCGCGUUUUCUGACGAUUACUAUGUGGGCUACCAUAAGGGUUCCUUCAUGAAAGAAUUCUUGAUAGAACAUCUACAUAUUAGAGAAUCGAGAAUGAGGGACUACUUAUCGACCGAAGAAUACCACGAUGCUUUGUCGAAAGGCAGCCAAAACGGAGGCGUCGACGCCGUGUUCGAUGAGCUUCCUUACAUGAAGCUUUUGCUCAACCGCUAUAAAUCCCAAUACAAAAUGGUGGGACCCACUUAUCGUACGGGUGGAAUGGGCUUCGCUUUCCCGAUUGGGUCGCCCUUAGUUGCGCACUUUUCAAGGGCGAUCUUGAAUGUCACCCAAGGCCCGAACAUGGUUUUUUUCGAACAGAAGAAUUUCGGGCCGGGAUUUUCUUCACAAGACCCUCUAUCAUCCGCAAUAACUCAAGGGACAUCCGGCCUUACUCUAUUUGAAUUUGGUGGUCUAUUCAUUAUUACCGGGUCACUGGUUGCGUUUGCUCUAAUCUACUCGGAGAGAGAAAUAAUUACGCGUAAACUCACUAAUACGAUGAGAUGUUUUUUCCCAUUUUGCUUCGAUCCACGUCCCGGCGAGGUAGAGGUUCCACGUGAUAACGGAGGCGCAACAAAUGGUGAAAGGAACGGAACUCAUCAAGACACUGGUGAUACACCGCAGCCUCAUUCACCACAACAUUCUCCUCCAGCUCCCGGAGAACCGGCCCGACAAGGUGCGGUAAUAAUUGAUGUAGCAGGCUAA